AUGUCCAUUUUCAAACCAGUCAACAAUUUUUUCGCCACUCUCGGUCAAGCUUCAUCCAAUUUAUUAUCAAACACUCCGUUGGUUGGAAUGUCGUCGAGUAAUAAUAGCACCACCAACCAUAGUAACGGCGAACCCAUGAUCAAUACAUCAAAUUCACCCUCCACGGAGAAGGUAUCGAUGGAAUUUGUUCCCAUGACGACCGAAAUGACGAGCAGCAGUGCGGAAGAAGAAGAAUUGCAAUAUUCCGAUUUGAAUUCUCGGAAGAAGGCUGUAAAUAUUCAAUCACCUUGUGAUAUGUGUCUCUAUGAAAAUAAUCAAGUGGUUUUGGCGUCACAUUGUUGUAAAGAAUGUCAGUUAGUCAUGUGCGAAAAUCAUUUAAACAAACAUCGCAACGAUGCAACCACAAAAAAUCAUGUCAUUACAGAGAAUCAAUUUCUAGAAGAAAAUGAAAUUGAAAUACUUUCAUCAAAAAAGAUUAACAAAGAGGACACAUUUGAGCAUCAUCAAUUAUUUAUUUCUUCGGAUUCCAAUAACUUGGAUGUGAACAAUUUAACAGAUGAAGAAGAAGAAUUACUCGCUUUCAAUCAACAAGAUUUUAUUUAUUGGACGAAUUUGUUAAAGAAAUAUCCACAUUUUUGUAACUUGAUUCACACACCUUUGAUUGUUCGAAAAUUGUACCAUAACGGAACUCUCAAUGGCUCACUUCUCAUUGACAACAAAACGUCACACACCAUAAAUGUCAUUCUAUCUCAAGUAGGACCAUUACAUCAGUUAAUCAUUCCACCUGGAAGAUUAGGAAUAUUUGAAGGAAUAGGACGAGUUCAUUUCACAAUAGAAGUUGGACCUUUUGACAUUUCAAGAGACAAUUUAAUUUCAAAUUGGGAUAAGGCAUUACCCAUUGUAGGGAGUGUUUGUGCUGGUGUUGCUGCUGGACUUGGUCUUGCAGCUGGAGCAUUGGCAGGAAUUGGACUUGUAGGAAUGGGUGCUGCCGCAGCGUUUGGAGGUGUUUCCACUGUGGCCACAGCACCCAUUGUUGCUGGAGUUGCCAAAACGAGUACCGAAAAGAAAGAACUCGAGCACCACCAUCAAGAGAACUCGGAACUCAUGAGUAACCAUUCCUCACCGCAGAAUCAUGCUGUGGUCGACGAUGAUUGCAUUUCGACGGCGAGUGGUUCUUCUGUUACAUCCUCAGAUCCUGAAAGGUCAAAAUUCAAGCAUUGGAUGAAGAAAGUCGUUCCUGGUAUGAAUUGGACCUAUCCCAACUGUUUCAAGAGAGGAAUUUUUGCAGAUGGUCACACGUUGGUUGUCAUUAAGGAAGAAGAGUUGAAAUCAAGUCAAGACAAUGACUCAAUUUUUGAAAUUGAAGAGAAAAGAAUUCCUUAA